AUGGAGACGAUCGUUGCCGCCCUAUGCCACCCGCUGGUCACUCAAACGUCUGCCGCCAUGACACACUUCCCCACUGCCUCUGCCGGGGCCAAUCAGAAUCCGACACAUCAGCACCCAGCCAACUCUGAUCCAGCGAUCAAGCCUGAUCCAACGGUUCACAUCGACCCAGCAGUGCACGUGGAUCUCGUGUGUCUAUUCGAUGGCCUGCCCACGUGGCUGCUGGCAACGGCUCGCAAUCCCAACCGGAUAGCUUAUCACGACGCAGCACCAGCUUCAACCACAUGGGAGGGAAGCACUCACUUUCCCCCUGCCCUCCGCUCAUCGGAUCGCGGCAUUCGGCGGCGCAUUCUCUCGGCCCAAUCAGCAGCUGCCACGUGUCCCCCUGCAGCCAGGCCAGAGGCCGUGGUGGUGGUGUUUGGCAGAGGCGUGAGGGGGAGUGUGGGGGCGAUGGUGGUGAGGGACAUGGGGGGAGAGAGAGUGGUGGAGAGUGCUAUGGCUGGUGAUUGGGUGAUGGGGAGGGACAUGGGGGGAGAGAGAGUGGUGAAGGGGGAGGAGAGUGUGAGGGAGAGUGUGAGGGAGAGUGGAGGGGAUGCUGUUGGAAGAGAGAGAGUCGUCAGUAUGGUUUGUGGGGAGAUGGGAGUUGAAGGAGUGGGGAUGAUGGAAGAGGGAAACAUGAUGGGAAGAUCAGGCACGAUGGGUGGGUCAGGAGAUGCAAUGGUGGAAGAUGAGGAAAGGAGUAUGGAAAGGGAGGAGGAUGAGAUGGCAGACAGUUGGGAAGAGGAAGAUGAGGAGGAGGAGGGUGAUGGUGGUGAUGCUGAUGACUUUCGUAUGCUGGUUAGUUCAGAGGGGCGAAUGAGAUGGCGGGAGAGAGGAGGAGAAGGAGGAGUAGGAGGAAAGGAAUGGUCGGGGAGUGCGAGCAUGCAGUUUGAUGGGGAUGCGGGUACCUCACACGCUGCUGACCUGGCGCGUGGUGUAUGGUUCCGUAUUUCCACGCGUGCGCUGCCAGCACACGUGGCCAGGCUGCUGGGCUGUUUGCCCUCUCAACCGUCCAAUCAGCUGUCUGCUCGUGCUGGUGUGGCAGAGGACGCAUGUGGCAGUGCAGCUCCACAUGCACACCCACCUGACAAAACACCUGAGGAAGCACCUGAGGAAACACCUGAGGAAGAUGGUGUGAUUGGUUCGAAGGGGGCAGCUGGAGUGCUGAACCUAGACGUGACAGCAGCGGUGGCUCUGGUAUCAGAGCUUUCCCAUGGGGGCGCACAGCGGAUAGCAGGCUUGGCAGAACCGGACCUGCGGGCGAGGUUUGGAAAUACGUGGCAGUUUAUGAGAGAUCAGGCACAAGCAGAAAUGGCCCAACCUCAGCUGCAGCUUUUGCAGGAAUCGCUUUCUAAGGACUUGAUCAUGUGUAAAACGGCUUAUAAAGAGUUCUCUUCUAUCGUGGAUGUCAUUGCUGGACCCAGGGAAAAGCAGCGGGCUGCUGCUCUGCUCUCUGCUCAUGUCAG